AUGCCACAAACGACUAUUCUAGCCGCGUCGCUUCAGUACGGCGUUGUGUCGCGCUCAGAUCCUCUUUCCGGCAAGAUUCUGCAUGGCUACCUCGAUGCUUCCGGAACGUUGAACGGCCUGGGCAUAGGCAACCCCAACGCGGAGUUCUCCCCACAUGUCUCCGCCGUCGCUCUCGCCUCAGUAGGCGGCACUGCAAAGGUUCUGUGGGGAUUCCGCCACGGAGAAGUCGCCGUGACUACCGCGUCGCGUGCCAUGGAACAAAACCGGCCGUCGGCUGCCAAGCUAGUACGCUGCCGUCCGGGGGACAGCCACGAGGGCUCCGUCCAGUGUGUCGCAUGGGCUCGCGGCGGUGAAGGCAGCGUCUUUGUCAGCGGUGGUACCGAUGGCCGCGUCAAGGUAUGGGAAGCGAAGACCCCUCUCAAGUGUCUCUGGACCACCGAGUCGAACUCGCUCGUGCCAGAUCCCUGCAUCCAGGUCGCUAUCAAUGUUCAACAAGGUGUGGUUGUCGCUGGCCUUCGAAGUGGUACCACCCUCGUAUGGACCGGGUUCUCACCAUUGGUCGAUGACAAUUCGGACGUCGCGACGUCCGACCCGCAAGAGUUCCGCCUCAAAGCUCCCGCACCAUCCCAGGCUACACCUGGUUCGUCGCCUCAAGAUCCAGGUACGCUGGAGUUUAUCGACGUCCGCAUCGCCCCCAAAGGGGUCACGACAUCACUCCUCGCCGUGUACCAUCCCACUUCAUUGUUCCAUCGCUUCACGUACGACCCGAGAUCAGGCGAGUUUGAUCGUGUGUUGUUUGGUGAUGAGGCUUCUGGUCCCAUUCGUUCCGUAUACCCGGUGUGGGCCGCCAAGUCGGGCGAACGCGACUUCGUCAUCGCCGGUGAUCAGCUAGGAAACGUAUCGAUAUUCGCCUGGGACGCAGCGCCGACGCCCUUCGAAACGGCUCCGACCUCAACGGCUCAGAUUUCCGCCUCUGUGCGUCCAUUCCAUCGCAUCGUCGCCCACGAAGAUGGUGCGGUCACCGCCCUGGCAUGGAACCAUAUCGUGCUUGUGACGGGUUCAUCUCAAGGCACAGUCAAGACCUGGGACGCUCUGAUGUUCACCCCCCUCCGAACCUUUCCCUCUCCGGCUCCGAGACCCUUUGCCGGAGGCGAAUGGGAUAGCGUCAGCCAGAUCCUCAUCGACUCAGACACCCUUGUCGUUUCCGUCGGCAACAGAGUCCUCGCAUGGAAGGCCGGUCCCGCCGGUCCCGCCAGUCGGUCUAACGGCAAGGGCAAAGGCAUCCGCGUCUCCAGCAGAGCCCAACAUGGCGUCGCCAAGUGGCAGCAACAAAUGGAGAUGUAUUGCGACAUCGCCGAGAGCCGACGAGAGCUAGACGAGGAACGAACCCAUGUCCGACGUUCGAUCGGAAGGCAAAAGGAGCAGCUGUCAACCCUCGCCCAUCUCGGCUUGAACGAAGUCGAGGCCUUGGAGUACGUUCUCAUGCUCAGUCGCGACGAGGAGGAAGAGCGCCGCCGGCGCCAAUCACUGGUCUUCAGGGAGGAUGAGGGCGUCUUCAUGGCUGAUUUUGAAGAAGCGUCGACGCCUAUGGCCCAGCCGAGCAGCACUAUUGGCUCCCGGGCGCCCUCGACCGCCUCAUCGCGCACGUCGUCCUUCUCAACCUCGCCUAGCUCAAGCGGCGGGCAGGCCAGCGCGGCCCCCAUCGGGCGGUCGUACCCGCGAACCGUACCGUCGUCGUCAAACCGCAAGAUCCAAAUUUCACCUCGCGUCCACCCUGAGCCCACAGAGGCCCGCGUUAGCUCCAGUCCCCUAGCGUCGCGCAGCCUGAGCGCCGGCUCUAGCGCCGGCGCCGGCGGCCUGGCGCUCCCCGCUUUUGACGCGGUCCACUUCCCGAGCGUGCCCGUGAGCCGCACGCCGUCCUCCGCUUCUGUCUCUGGGCCCAGCGCGCCUGGCAGCCCCCGUUCGGUGCGUAGCGCGUGGAGCACGCCCCUCCGUUCGCUACACUCGUCCGAGGCGCCGUUGCCAUUGCCAAUCAACAACCAUGGCGCGCUUGCGACUCGGCCUGUGGCUGGUAUCGACGACGACGAUGACGAAGAUUUGAAGUUCGCCAUUGAGCUCAGCCUCGCGGAGGCGCGGAGCCGGGGCGAAGGUAUUUAG